AUGAAAGAUAAAGAAUAUGCAAAGUAUGGAACCGUAGAAGAAUUGAUAAAUCCUUGCGAAUGUUCUGGCACAUUGGGUCUAAUCCAUACUUGUUGUUUGGAAAAAUGGUUGUCCAUGUCAAACACGGAUCGUUGCGAAAUUUGUAAACAUUUAUUUUCGAUACAAAGGAAAAAUAAAUCGUUGUCACAGUCUUUCAAACAAUGGUGGAGGACUAGGAAUAUAUACGGACCGCAAGGUAUAACUGGUGAUAUAGUGUGUCUGAUAGUAUUAACUCCACUUUGUAUUGCGGCAACAUAUUUAUGCGCUGUUGGUGCAUCCGCUUACAGCAGGCUUGGUUUUUGGGAAGGAACAGGUUUGGCUAUUCUUUGUUGCAUGUUGGUGACCACUUAUUGUUUGUGGUUGAUCGUAACUCUCAGCUGUUUAUUACGCUUGUUCGAGAACUAUCUGACCGCGAGGAUAGACAUUGGCAUUGAAACAUAUGCACGCAUACCUAUACACAUUAUAACGAGCGCGAAAGAAUGGCCAUUAACUCAAAGCAUCGUUAUAGAAAAAAGAAUUAAGGUGCGCAUGGGCGUAUCUAUGACGACGAUUGACUCCUACUACGACCUCUAG